UAUAGAGAAAUCCUUGCUGUUUGUGCCAAAUAUGUUGUAGUCUUUGGUAGCCUCAGUCUUUAAUAACUAAGUUAAUGUACCUAAGUCACCAGAGCCCUGCUACGGAAAGCCCAUCCACUCUGAGAAUGACCAACUACAUAUCAACCAAGUUAAGAACCUUUCUUGGUGAGCCUAUGGGAGAGAAAUGCGUUGCCUUUGUGGAUGGAGUUGAUAAAGACCUCGCAAUCAUAUUAAUGGGCUAUGGUUUUGAUAAGGCAUAUGUACUGUUGGGUCAGUUCCUCCUCAUGCACAAGAAAGAAGAUGACUUCCAGAUGUGGCUCAUGCUGAGAUGUGGUGCCACUCAACAAGAAGCCCAGAAGAUCUCCGUAUGCCUGCGAGAGUGGUGUUCCACCUUCAUCUAAAGACUAAGACGCAACAUCUCUUUCAUGGUCAACUUUGAACCACAGGAUUAAACAUCUGUCAGUGU